AUCUAACCUAACCUAGGAGUCAGUGUUUAUUUUUGGGUCGAUUUCGUAGUCUAUUAUUUCUAUUUGAUGAUUUUUUAUAUAAUUUACUAACUCCAAGCAGAUUUUCAUAAUUGUAUCAACAUGACGAACGUCCUUUUAAAAGCCUGUACCCCUAGCGUAAUUGAUAGUGCUGCGGUAAAUUUAACUUUCUUUAUAAGAAAUGGCCAUCACUUAAGGGGGAAACCACCAGGCAUAGCAAGAACCUUGCAAGAAAGGCUCACAGAAAUAAAUUAUAAAGAUCCAGCCUUAUAUUAUAAAGUAGACAUCGGGCUUCCCUAUGUAGGAAAAUAUGAGAAAAGUCAGCUGCAAGAAAGAUUGAACCAUUUUAAGACACAGAGGCAAAACCCCGAAAUGGAAAGAUUGGCCCGUACACAAAAAUUGUUGAUUGACUUGGACAAGUCAAAUGAAGACUGGCUUACGUCUGUUGGGCCAAAGCAUUUAAAGCAAGUAGCAGAACACUAUGGUGUAUUUGAGCACUUGUUUGGAGAUGCAUACUUCUACCCCAAAGUACCUCUUAGUAUAUUUUUCAUGAAAGGAGAUACAAAUUAUCCAGUUUAUUAUGGCAAUGUUUUAAAACCUGAAGAUGCAAAUCAGAAACCUCAAGUUGGAUUUAACUGUGAAGAUAAAGAUACAUUAUGGACACUUGUGAUGACCAAUCCAGAUGGGCAUUUUGUUGAUAAUGACAAGGAAUAUGUUCAUUGGUUUGUAGGGAAUAUUCCUGGAAACAAAAUUGAAAAUGGUGAAACCAUUAUUGAAUACCUCCAACCAUUUCCUCCUAAAGGAACAGGCUAUCAUAGAUUUAUUUUUAUUUUAUAUAAGCAAGAUAAAAAACUUGAUUUCUCCAAAUAUAAAAAAACCGGAGCUUGUCUAAAUUUGAAUGAACGCACAUUUAAGACCUACGACUUCUAUAAAGCUUUGCAAGAUGAUAUCACACCCGCAGGCCUCGCAUUUUUCCAAUCUGAUUGGAGUACCAGUUUGAAGGAUUUUUACCACAAAGUUUUAGAUAUGAAAGAACCUAUUUUUGAGUAUGAUUUCCCACCGCCAUACCUUCGCAAACAAGAGUGGUUUCCCAAAAGGCAGCCAUUUAACCUGUACAUGGAUAGAUAUAGAGAUCCAAAGCAAAUAAAUAAAGAAUUUCUAAUGAGAAAAAUGAAAAAAGUUCAUCCGUUCCAGGCUCCCGCACCUCCGUUGCCAUAUCCUAACGCACAAAGCUUAGAUCCAAGUCUGCCCACUUGGCUUAAAUUGGAAAUGACAAAAUCGAGAAUGAAGUGGGGAAGAAUUAACGAAAUUGAGAAAUAAACGGGAACAACUUAAAAGUAAGCUUUCUUAGAUGUUCAAUAAAAUAUGUUGAAAGUU